AUGCUUUUUGGGUUUUGCAAGGGAGAAGCAACUCUGAUUUGUUCCCCCACCCACCUUUCCCCCCCCCCCCCAGAAUCGUGUCCUCGAAGUUUGGACUGCACCCUCCAGCGGCGCCAGUUCUGCCCACCCGGAUCGCACGCCUGCGGCCCCUGCCUCCCCCAGUUCGUGGACGAUGGGCACGGCAGAUGCAUCGCGAGGACGCACGCGUCCGGCGGCCGCGCGACCGUCCCCGGUGUAGACGGAGAGAUCGACCUGGUGGCGGAGGCGCUGGCCAAGCAGGAGGGCUCGCAGCCACGCAGCCGGCAGCAUGAAAGCUCAGCCCCUCCGGCGAAGCAGCCCAAGGAUGGCGUGUGGAAGGCGACGUCCUUGCAGAGGGGCCGGGCGGACCACCCUGCGGCCACGCGGCAGCCCCCCACCGAGCCCGUCCAGAGCUCCCCGGUGGAGUCCCCGCGCUUGUCUUCCAACGACGCGCUCCUUCUGGGGCUGAUCGUCGUGUGCACCGCGGCAGGAAUCGCGGCGCUGGUGGUGGCAGCGGUGUGCUGGUGCAGGCUGCAGAAGGAAAUAAGACUGGCCCAGAAAACGGACUACCCAGCUCACAUGGCAUCUGCACCCCCGUCGUAUGACAAGAUCUCGCCUGGAGACAAGAAGCUGGCCCAGACUGCCCAAAUGUACCACUACCAGCACCAGAAGCAGCAGAUGCUCUCCAUGGAGAAGAAUAAAGACGAACCCAAAGUUCCCGAACCCGUCUCCUCGGAUGAAGAAAACGAAGAGGGGGACUUCACGGUGUAUGAGUGCCCCGGCUUGGCUCCCACGGGAGAAAUGGAAGUGAAGAAUCCUCUGUUUGACGACUCCCCCUUGCACCCUGCAGCCCCCAACCUGCGCCCCUGAUCCCGGGCUCACCGUGCUCUGGACUGCGCCCGCUGAACACCCAGCGGCUGGGAAGCCCCGAAUCCGCGCCCAGGAGAACGGGAAGCGGGCUCCUCGCACGGCACCCCACCGCUGACCCCACACACCCGCCGCUGGAAUGCAGGCGGCUUCCUGGGGCGUCCGGGGCGGCUUCACUCCCUGGCGGGGCGUGCGCCCCCCACCCCCCCGUUCUGCUGCUUCGUAAUGUCCAGUGAGCAUGCGCCCGGCCGGAACGCAGGGAAGGCCCUCGGGGGCUCUCUGGACUGCCGGGAGGAGAGGACAGGGCGGCUGGCGGCCUGAAAGCCCCGCGAGGACGAACCCGCGGCCGCCCAUGCCGGGCGUCCUCAGCCGAACCGCGUCCGGGCAGCUGCCGGCGCUGAGCAGGAAGCACGUGGCAGGACCCGGCCGGCUCCGCGCGCGCGUUUGCUCAGCCCGGGCGUCCUGUUGCCGGUGUGUCCCCAUGCUUGUGCGGGGGUGUUAAUGCCCCCCUCCACGCAGCCUGGGCCCCUGUCGCACGGCACGGCUGGGGAAAGGCGUUCUCGCCGCCGCGUGCAGAACGGCCGGGUUCAGACAAGCCGAUCGCCUGCUUUCGAGCGCUGAACCUGGGCUGAGCACGGCUCGCUGUUGAAACGCUGGGUGAUCGGGUUGCUUGAACCCAGUGGCGCUAAGCAGCCCCGGCUUGUUGGCCACAAACCCCUCGUGCGAGCCCACGUUUUGCUACUGAGUUGUGAAUUGCGGGUCCCAUCUCCCCUCACCAGCCCACUGCACAAUCACACACGGAUUGUAUCCUGCCACGUUCAUUGUACGAACUCAGCCAGCUCUUCCCCGACUCCGUUUGACUUACCUUACUUGCGUUUUCCUGGAGACCUUAAAACACCGCCCUGAGGUGGGGCAGCACCUGGCCACGCCAGAAUUUGAGCUUGGGCUCUUCCCCACUAAGCCCCGGGGGCCCCAGCCCAGGCCAGAAUGGAUCACCCCCCCCCUUUUUAAAUGUACCUGUUAAAGGGCAGGAUGAAGCCCCCCAUGGCAGGGCAAUGUGUACCGGAGCAGUGCCCGCCGAGCUCCCGGGGAAGGUGCGGGUUGCUUUCGGGGUGGCUGGGAAGGCCUCUCGAGGGGGAUUCCUCCAGGGAAAGCAGCUACCGCUCGACUGGAUUAAAGCUUCCCGUGUCGUCACGCACCA